CAAUCACAAGCAUCUCUCACAAUCACAACCAUUGCAUCUUCAGAUCAAACAACUUACACCACUCAACCAAUCACAUCAACCCAUUCAAAAUGGCUCCUAUUCCCAUGAUCACAUCCACUGCUGCUCCCAAGGUCCUUCCAGUCCUUCUCGCAGUAGGAAGCAUCUCCAUCGUCGGCGGCUACGUCCGCUCCCAACUCACAACUCAAUCACGCACAUUCGACCGUCAAUUCAGCCAAUACAACACCCACAAGAGCGAAUCCGCAAGGGCAAAGACAUUUGACGGCUCUGUACCUGAUCCUCGAACAAGCCUCUUUAACGUUCUUGGCUGGUGAAAUGCUUAAAACAAACUAUGGCGUUUAUGGGUUGGGUAUUUCUGGAUCUGGGUGCGAGGCGUUUUAAAUCUGCCUUGAGAAAAUAAAGUUACAUAAUUAAUUUAAACAAUUAUCACG